GAUGAUGAUGAUAAUGAUGAUAAUGAUGAAGAAAUUGGCGAUGAUGAAUUAGAUGAAAAAAUUCUUACGGCAGCAGAUUUUCUAUUCUCUUCGCCAAUGAUUACAUCGACACCUACAUUAUCAUCACCAUCAUCAACAUCGACAACAUCACCAUCAAUGAUGGUUUCACCUGAAACGGCCAAAACUAUGAGUCUUCAUUUGCAUAAUCUUUCAUUGAAUGUUUUGAACAAUCCGACUAUAGCUUCUCAAUCGACAUCAUCAGCAUCAUCAAUUUCACAGUGUCAGGGAUCAUCAAUAAAUUCAUCAUAUCAGCCGCAAUCAUUUAUUACUAAUACUGAAACAUCAGCCCAACAACAACAAACAUCGACAAUUCCAUCAUCAUCAUCAUCAUCAUCUGGCCAGUUGAAAUUGGAUCUGAUGCCGGCCAAUACGAUUCAAUAUCAUCAGCCAAAUAUUGCAAUAACAGUACCGAUAACAACCAAUAUUGGUUCAAGUUUAACAUCAUCAUCAUCAUCAUCAUCGACGUAUCGAAAUCAUCAAUCACAAAUGACCAAAACAACCAGUGGUGGUGGGCGUGGACAUAAAGCUAAAUCAACAACAUUACAGUCAUGUGCUGUUUGUGGUGAUGUUGCAGCUUGUCAACAUUAUGGUGUUCUCACCUGUGAAGGUUGUAAAGGAUUUUUUAAACGUACCGUACAAAAAGGAUCCAAAUAUACCUGUUUAGGUAAUAAAGAUUGUACGGUAGAUAAACGACGCCGUAAUCGAUGUCAAUUUUGUCGAUUUCAAAAAUGUUUGACUGUCGGUAUGGUCAAAGAGGUUGUCCGAACAGAUAGCUUAAAAGGACGACGUGGACGUUUGCCAUCGAAACCAAAAUCUCCGCAUCAAAAUGAUCAACUGGGUGUACAAAAAUCACCGCCUAUUUCAACAAUUGCUUCAUUGCUGAAAGCACAUGAAGAAACCUCGGUCGAUAAAGCUAAUCUUGAUUUCAGUAGAUUCAGUGAUAACAUUGAAGAACGAAUUGGCAAUCAAUUUCAACAGGAUUUAUUUGAUCAUGAAAUUCUAUCGCUAUUGUCCACAUCAUUGGACAGUCUUUGGUCAUUCGUAAAAAGAAUACCUGGUUUUCAUGAUCUUAACGAUGUGGAUAGAAAAAAUCUGUUUCAAAAUUCCUGUUUAGAAUUAUUUGCAUUACGUUUGGCUUACAGAUUAAUAGGAACUGAAAAUGAUCUAUUAAUAUUGUGUAAUAAUGUCGUAUUACAUCGAAAUCAAUUCAUGUUUACACUUGGUGAAUGGUUGCCAAUGAUUGAAGAGCUAAGCAUACAAUUACGUUCAAUGAAUUUGGAUAUAAAUGCAUUUGUUUGUCUUUGUGCUUUGACCGUUAUUACUGCACGUGAUUGUAUAAAAGAUUCAAAUCAAAUUGAACAGAUUGAAAAUAAAAUCAUUAAUUCAUUACGUGAUCAUACUAUUUAUAAUAAUGAUGCACAAAAGAAACCAAAUUAUUUUUCAAGAAUAUUGAAUAAAUUAUCUGAAUUACGUACUAUUGGAGAAUUUGGUCAUCGAAUAAUAAUGAAAAAAAUACGACAACUAUCAUCAUCAUCAUCAUCAUCAUCAUCAUAUCGUUAUCAUUAUCAUCUACAAGCAAUAUAAGUAAACUUUCUGAUAUCAUCGAAUUGGAACGAAAGAUCUCACCAAUCAAUAGUUGUAAUCAACAACAACAACAACAACAGCAACAAUUGUCCAAUAUAAUAACCACCGCAAAUUUGUGUGAUUUAAUUAGUUAUUGUGAUAAUUUAUCAACAACCACAGCAACGAUUACUAUGACACCAAUAACAACAGCAACAACAACAACAACAGCAAUGGCAACAACAACAAAUCAAUCAUUAGAU